AUGAAACAGCCUCCUGGCUAUGAGCAAGGAGAUCCCUCACUGGUGUGUAAGCUCACCAAAGCUCUCUAUGGGUUGAAGCAAGUUCCAAGAGAGUGGUAUCAUAAGCUGGCCAGUGGUUUAAGGGAGAUUGACUUUGAAGCUACAAAGUCUGAUAUCUCAGUCUUCAUUCAGAAUCUCAGUGGACUAAAGACCUAUGUGCUUGUGUAUGUUGAUGACAUUAUAGUAACUGGGGAGUCAACAGAGCUUGUGAAGGAGGUUAUAGCAAAGCUGAAUGUUAAGUUUGCUUUGAAAGACAUGGGAGAUCUUCACUAUUUUCUUGGAAUCCAGGUAAACAAAACCUGUGAUGAAGGGCUGAUACUUACUCAACAAAAGUACAUUCAUGAAGUCCUAAAGAAAGCUGGCAUGGUGGGUUGUGCACCCUGCCAUACUCCCUUGCCUUCCACAGUAAAGAUCACAGCCCUUGGAGGUUCCAGCUUCUGUGAUCCGCAGCUGUACAGGUCAAUCAUUGAGUCUCAUUGGAAGCUAGUCAAACGAGUACUAAGGUAUCUCAGUGGCACAUCCAGCUAUGGUUUACACCUAAAACAGAAAACUUCCUUGGGAAUAACUGCUUAUAGUGAUUCGAACUGGGUUGGAGACCCAGAUGAUAGAAAAUUCACCAAUGGCUAUUGCAUUUUUCUUGGGACAAACCUCAUCUCCUGGGCAUCAAAGAAGCAGACAGUGGUAGCUAGAUCCAGCACUGAAGUUGAGUACAAGAGCAUGGUAGAGGCAGUGGCAGAGCUGACUUGGAUAAAGACUAUGAUGAAGGAGCUAUUGCAUCCUCUACCAGAAGCACCAAUGAUGUACUAUGAUAAUUUAAGUGCUGUCGUACUUGCUUCUAAUCCCAUUCUGCACUCUAAGUCCAAGCAUUUUGAAAUUGACUUACAUUUUGUCUGUAACUUUGUUAACAGCAAGGCAAUUUGGGUCAGUCAUAUUCCAGGAUCAGUUCAAGUAGCGGAUAUCCUCACAAAGACAAUACCCUCUGAGAGCUUUCUUCACUUUUGGGGCAAGCUGAGUGUUCACAAUCAGCAGCAAAUCACUAGUUCACAACUGGUCCAAGUGACAACAACUGAAGGUAGUGGUGAUGCUUGA